AUGCCAAACCACUACUCAUUGCAACUGGACAGGGAUGCUCUUCCACUAGGCACUCGGCGUCUGCCACCAUACGAGUCGCUUUGCCUCCAAAUCCGCAUUCGUCGACGUGCAUAUAUCAACGAUUCUGUUGUGCAAGAACUUCCUGAAUACGCGCAGGCUUUUACUCUGUUACAUGAGAUGCUACUGCACGAAGACUCGGCUCGGGUCUUCUUAUCUUUUUGUCUUUCAGCAGUGGGAAUCCCCAUCAAUGAUCAGGAUCAGAUGUUAAACGCCAUCGCCUCUUUCUAUCUGGACAUGGGUGUAGAUCCAGCUUCUAGUACCUGUAGUGGUGGUGCAAUUCCCAUAGUUCUUGCCGAUAUUCUGAUCGAGUACGAGGCACAUGAUGAAACUCAAGCUGUGAAUAGGGCAAUCCAAGAAUCCAUGGAAUUAGAUAUGUUCAAGGCUGUGCCUGCCCUAAAUCUGGCUGGAGAGGAGUCAUUUGUGUCCACUGUGCCGCUUCCAGAUGCCGACGGAUUCGGGUUCCUCUAG